AUGGCAGAAUCAACUCUGACUCAUGCAAAUGCUAAAUUCAUUGUCUUUUCUGAUUUUGAUGGUACUAUCACUACUGAGGAUAGUAAUGAUCAUAUGACAGAUAAUCUUGGAUUCGGAAGAGAAAAACGUCGUCAAGGAAACUUGGAUGUACUUGAAGGAAAGGCCACUUUUCGUGAUAUGUUUAAAGAAAUGAUUGAUAGUGUUAGUUCAAAAUACUCGUUUGAUGAAUGUAGAGAAAUUGUUAAAAAACAUAUUAAACUUGACCCUGGCUUCAAAGAAUUCUUGGAUUGGGCAAAGUCGGCUGAUGUUCCAGUAGUAAUCGUUUCAAGUGGAAUGGUACCGAUUAUUCGAGCGAUUUUUGAAAACUUGGUAGGAGUAGAAGCAGCUGCUCAAAUCGAAAUUGUUGCAAAUGAUGUAGAUACUAGCAAAGGUUCAGGUCCGGGAGAAUGGACAAUCAAGUACCGUCAUCCGGAAUCUGGAUUCGGACAUGAUAAAGAUAAAUGUAUAGAACCAUAUCGAUCACUUUCACCUAAACCGACUCUAUUCUUUUGUGGUGAUGGAGUAUCAGAUUUAUCGGCUGCACGUUCAGCUGAUUGUUUAUUUGUAAAAGUUAAAGAAGGCACUGGAAAUGAUUUAGCUAAACAUUGUCAAAAAGAAAAAAUCCGACAUUUCACAUUUGAUAGUUUUUUACAAGUUAAAGAGGUGGUAGAAGGAGUGGUCAAAGGGGAUUUGAACGUUCAGGAAGUAGGUCAGGUUUAAAGAUUCAUAUCGCAUUGGGUUGAUCAAUUAUAGAUUGGUUUGAAAAGGUUUUGGUUUUGGUAUUGGUGGGGGGUCAUUGUUUGUGGUUGUGGUUGUACAUAAGUAUGUAACAACUAUUUGGAAUCCUUCAUUUCUUAAAGUUUUUCCAUUGGUUUUGAGGAAUUGUGAAGUUACGUAGUCUUUAUCUGAUGUAGACAAGCAUAAAAGCUGCUCCUAGAAAUUUAUCACCUCUCAAAGUGAUUCACUUU